AUGCAGCGCGCUGUCUCCUCCACAUCGUUGAUGCCGACCAGCGCUGGAUCCUCACCCUCGAUGCUCGCAUCCGGCCUUGCCUCCGAUGUGGGCAGCAACGACGGCAAUCACUCUGCCAUGGAUGAAGAAAACGUUUCGAUGCCAGCCACACCACCCGAUGUCGCACACAUAGGCGACCCCCUGCACCUCGUCAACGAUGCUUCUUCAGCAUCUGCCGGUGCCUCGGUCAAUGGCGCUAACCCCACAAAGAAGGCCGAAUUGUUCCUCUCCGUCACUCGGGCCAACCGUCCAAAGCUCGUCCUCUCACCCAUCGACAAGCUCCGAUUCACAGAGCAGAUCGAGGAAAGCAAGAAGAAAUUCGCCGAUGACACCGCCUACUUGCCCAAGUCGACCAAUAUGGGUCUCAGCGACGUCGAUGCUGCAGCGCUUCUUUCGGUCAACCCGUUCAACUUUGCACAAUCCAACACGCAGAAUUGGGAGGAUGACGAUGUCGAUGUCGACUGCGGACGUGUUAACCGUGCAGCAUCGAAACCUGGCAAGACCGUCUUUAUGAAUGCAUUCCCUUGCAUCUUUGUCUCCAACCUUACCAACUCGGUAGCCUUCUAUCAGAAGCUAAUUGGAUUCUCGCCAGUGGGAAAGCCUCAAUCGCACCAAGCAGUCUUGCGACGCGGUCCUGCCGCCCGUCCACCGAGAUCUUCAAAUGUGCAGUAUUCCGCUAUCCCCUCAGCAGCGGAGGAGCAAGGUGUACGCAUCGUGCUGCGAUACUUGCCAGCGGAGUGGAGCGAGCUGAAAGCAGAUGGUACCGGUCCACCGCAGUUGUUGAUUGUGGUCAGCAAUGUGGAUGAGCUGUUCCAGGAGAUCGUGGCUAAGCAGCAACAAUUUAAGCCUACUGGAAGGGAGUACUUCCCCGAAGUCUUCUUAGGCAAGGCUAAAGUCCUUGGUAAGCCGCAGAACAAGCCUUGGGGUACCAGGGAGUUGCAUAUUCUCGACCCAGACGCGAACAAGAUUGUCCUUUAUCAUGAGCUGCAUUAG